ACUCCCAAAGUUUGAUAAGGAGGAGUUUCCCGUAACUCACUCCUCUUUCCUAUUCUUUUCUUUUUCCUUGUCCAAAAACCAGCACAACCCAAAGCAGCCGGCCAAAGCCAGAGCAAACAGACAGUUUGGUCAUUUCAGUUGCAGACUGGAAAAAAGAGAGACGAACAGCCCUAAACCCAUAGCCGAACACCCCCAAAAUCACCAACUCUGCCGUCACCGAAUGGUCUCCGCCUCCCUUAAUUCCAGUUUUGCCAAAUCCAAAUCCUAAUAGGUGCUCCCUUAUCCCCACUCCCAAACAACACCUCAUCUCCAGCCUAACCCUAGAACCCAAACGCCUCCCAAAUGACCACCACGACCACGAGCAUAGGUGGUGGCGGCGAGGACCGGGUCCUCGCCACGGCUCAGCAGAUCGUCAAGAGCCUCAACACCCCCAAGGAGGUACGCGAGGACAUGCUCUUGAUCUUCUCCAGCUUCGACAACCGCUUAUCCAACAUCACAGAUUUGAUCAACGGCGAGGAUUCGAAGGCCGAAAACGACCGAUUCGAGGCCGCCGAGAAGGUGAUUUUUCGGUGGGAGUCGAAUUCCGAAGCUCACAGAAACUCGGUUCCUUGGGAGGAGCCGGAAGAGUCUGGCGAGUAUUUAUCGGCCGUCGAUGAGAUCCUCACUCUCAUGGAGGGGCUUUCGGUCCGGUCCGAUAACGAACUCGUGGACCGGGCCGAAAACGCGCUCCAAAUCGCGAUGACCCGGCUCGAGGACGAGUUCCGCCACAUUCUGAUCCGAAACACAGUCCCGCUCGACUUAGACCGGCUUUACGGCUCGAUCCGCAGGGUCUCACUGUCGUUCGCGUCAAACGACGGAGAAAUCUACGAAGAAUUCGAGAGUUUCGGCGAGGAGGACCGAGACGCUGGCCGGUUCCACGAGCGCGGCGGCAGCCUCGGCGACACAGACGUGGAUUUGAUACAUCCCGAUGCCGUCGUCGAGCUGAAGGAGAUCGCCGAGCGUAUGAUCCGGUCUGGUUACGAAAAGGAGUGUAUCCAGGUGUAUAGCAGUGUCAGGCGUGACGCUUUGGACGAGUGUUUAGUGAUUCUUGGGGUUGAGAAGCUGAGCAUUGAGGAGGUUCAGAAGAUUGAGUGGAAGUCUUUGGAUGAGAAAAUGAAGAAGUGGAUACAAGCUGUGAAAAUCGGCGUUAGGGUUUUGCUAACCGGAGAAAAGAGGCUUUGUGAUCAGAUUUUUGAGGGGACUGAUGAGACUAGGGAGAUUUGCUUCAAUGAGACUGCUAAAGGGUGUAUUAUGCAGCUGUUGAGUUUUGGACAGGCGGUAGCCAUUGGUCGAAGGUCGCCGGAGAAGUUGUUUCGGAUACUUGAUAUGUAUGAUGCCAUGGCCGAUGUGUUGCCGGACUUGCAGCAAAUGGUGACUGAUGAAUAUGUGGUUAUUGAGGCCAGGGGAGUGUUGGAUGAGCUUGGUGAUGCAGCCAAAGGGACCUUUGCAGAGUUUGAGAAUGCGGUUCAGAGCGAGGCCAGUAAGAAACCAAUGCUAAGCGGUGAGAUUCAUCCGCUUACUCGGUAUGUCAUGAACUAUGUUAGAUUGUUGGUUGAUUAUAGUCAUACUCUCAACUCGCUUUUGGAUACUGGUGAAGAAGAGUUACAAAGGUUGCAAGGGCUGCCAAAUGAUGAUUUGGGUAUAGAAAGCAUGUCCCCGAUAGGCCAUAGGUUGUUGUUGUUGAUUUCGAAUUUGGAGUCCAAUCUCGAGGAGAAGUCUAGGGUUUAUGAUGAUGGAGCAAUGCAGUGUGUGUUUUUGAUGAAUAACAUUCUGUACAUAGUGCAGAAAGUGAAGGAUUCUGAGAUUAGAAAGCUCUUGGGAGAUCAAUGGGUUCGCAAGCGCCGUGGCCAGGUACGCCAGUAUGCUACUGGGUAUCUUAGAGCUGCUUGGAGUAAGGCCUUGUCUUGUUUGAAAGAUGAAGGAAUUGGUGGGAGCACGAGUAAUGCUUCAAAGAUGGCUUUGAAGGAGAGGUUUAAGAAUUUCAAUGCAAACUUUGAAGAAAUCUAUAGGAUCCAGACAGCUUGGAAGGUCCCCGAUGCUCAACUUCGGGAGGAGCUUCGGAUAUCUAUAUCAGAGAAGGUGAUUCCGGCUUACAGGUCGUUUAUGGGGAGGUUUGGGAGUCAGCUAGAGAGUGGAAGGCAUGCUGGGAAGUAUAUAAAGUACACAGCAGAUGAUUUGGAGGGCUAUGUGUUGGAUUUGUUUGAGGGGACUCCAGGUGUUCUACACCAUCUGAGAAGAAAAAGUACAUAGAAUACAGGUAAACCCUUUGCUUUUAUCAAGGACUAGUUGGAAGUUGGAACAGAGUUCUAAUGUUGAAAAAGAAAAAAAAAAAGAAUGUAGCUUGAUGAUGAUACCUAUUUAUUCUGCUGGUGUUAAUGUUAUAAACACAGGUUUUUGUGAAAGCUAUUUUCCAACCCCUCCUAUCUUUUGCUGUAAUGAUUUUUGUACAUGUUUUUAUAGACUUUAGUUUUUUUUAUGCA